AUGUCGUCUCAGUCAAAGGACAACAAUCGUGACCGAAAGUCGAAGAGCAUCAGACUUUCUCAAAAAUUGCGUGGUCUACGGGAUCUAAGACUACGAGUGUCUAUCGAAGGCAAGCCUCAUCUCCAGCGACGAGGGUCACUCCAGCAAUCACCCCAAGAAGAGGAGGAAUACCGCAUCGUCCAUACACCGGAUAGACCUCAGAGAUUCAUCUCACCGGUUGAAGCCCCUACUGAAGACGACUGUUACGACGCUCUCCGGACGUGGCAUCACGCUGCAGAGCAACAAAGAAGCGGGGUCCACUUGUACGGGAUUCAACAACAGAGGAGUGGUGGUGCAGGAGAACCAGGAUCAACUGGCGUGGACGGAGCAACCAACGAAGACGACGACGGCGGAAGCAGAGGCAGCCCUUUCGUUCCUGACCCAAGCGAUGACGCGAAAACCCCAAAGGAUGAAAAGUGGUGGGAACUUGCAUAUGGGGAGUUCAAGGAGGUGGAAGAAAUAAAUCCUUUUCGUGAGUGGAGGGGAGAUCAUCAACAGAAGGAAACGCAGGACCAGCCAGGUACCAACACGGGGCAGAUUUUCAGACAGGACACGGCCAAAGGAGGACCUCUCCGAAAAGGAGCUGCUCCUUCUCAUCUUUUGACUGAUUUCACAGGACUGCCAUCCAAGACAUACAGCACCAGCGAGGCUGACGAAAAUGAUAUUUUCAACGGGACCAACGAUAGCAAGGGGGAGUACACUCCAUCCGUUUACACGCCAUCUCAAAAGAGCCCUACUACUCCUACCCCUGAAAUGUUUCCCGAAGCUCCCAGAUGGACUUUCGGGCGCCCACCAGCCAAAUCGACAACUGCAGCUCCAGAGACAUUGCUCACUCGGGAUGUUCAACGUGCUUGCGCCAUCGACAGCGACAGCGAGUCCACCAUUCCGCCAGGAGGCCGCUACUUUGACAUCGACGAGGAGUACGACCCCAGCGGUGGCACAAGAAAGAGUUCCAUCUCUUGCAAGCCGACGGCAACAUCUAUCUCGGACCAGCAACAGCAUCCCAGACAACUACCAUCACCGCCACCACCGCAACCAAAAUCGCUAGAUAAUACAGGUAGGGGAUUUUUGUUCCCGACCCUUGGUUCCUCGGGCCACGCGAUGCAAACACUACACACUGAACUUUUGAAACUUGCGCACAAGCAGCAUGAACAGGAAAGACAGAAACGUGGGAGGGGAAGCGGGCAGAGCGGAGAUAGUGGACGAAGCGGAAGUACAUCUAGUGCCUUCUACAGCGCUUUUACAUCUUCUCCGAGGCCUGAGACGCCUGAUGUAAGACCGCCCUCGCGACGGGGAGAGCAGCAGCAGCAGCAGCAAACAGAUCCCAGCCAAGGGACACAUGAACUAGGAAUAGAAACAGCAAUCCCAUCAACCCCACGCCCAAAGCCAAAGCAGACCCAACAGAAAAGACGUUAUCCAAUAACACCACCCCGCGGUUUUUUGAAAGAACGAGGACCAUAUAUCCCUCCUUCUUCCCCUGGCACCACCUCUUCAUCACCGAGACCACCAACACCUCCACCGAAAACCCCCGAGACAAAGGCCGUAGCUCCCAAGCCGAGGGUUUUACUCAAGGGACUCGAUUUCAGUCCUUCGCGACCAGUUCCUCCCACCCCCACUCCUACUCCCACGAAGCCAAAGAGUAUGGGGAGUACGGGGAUGAGAGGAGUGGGAGGGCAUAUGGGAGGACAUCUUGCUGGGACAGUCAGUAUCUCAUCACUUUCUUCACUCUCCUCACUUACGGGGGGUAGUGGGGUAGCGAUAACGCCCCCGAGGGUUUCCUCUACGAAGCUCAAGGCUCCCCCACCUGCUCCCCCACCACCUCCAGGCGGAGACGAAGGUGGCUUGUUGGUGUUGCCAAAGACAGUGUAUAAUGGCAACAGCAAGGCUAGGAUGCCGGUCAAAAUGCCGGUUCCAGUUCCGUCGCUACUGUCGAAGUUUAACACCAGCCAUGCAUCGCCAUUGACAUCAAGAGAACAUGGUCCCUCUACCCCUAAUCGAUUGUCACCACAGAGCCAGGAUCAGAAUCAUAUUCAGGGGCAGGAGAGGAAACGACAUCAGCGAGGCUCCACUGAAUUCUCUAUACAUAUCCAGCCACGCCUUAGUGAUCCUUUUGUUGACUCGCCUGCGAGCGGCGUGGAUACACUUGGGAACAGGUUGUCUGUGGGGAUGGUUGACGGGUUGUAUGAUGAAGGUCAAGCUAAAGCUUGGGAAAAGACGAUGUCGAUGAUGACUCAGACACAGAAGCCGGCUCAUGUUCAGGUGUAUACUCAAGGACAAGCGAAAGUUCGGGAACUGCAACCGGGAAACACACAAUCACAGAAGCAAGUUCAAGGGCAGGGACAAGCUCAGAUACAAUCAGAAAACCUGGGAAAGAUGCCUCUACAGACGCAGACGCAGAUACAACCAAAGGUUCAGGAGAAGGUCAACCUGGCUUUCAAGACUCCUCCUCCUUCUAUUCCUCCGUCUCAAGGAUAUCCACUCGAACCAAACCCUCAGACAUCCUCUCCUGGGUCCCAAGCACAUCAACCCCAGUCGACUCCCCAAACACCUCCUCGAUUCCAGGCCUACCAAGCCCAGCCAGCUCUCAGGACUCCCUCCCCUCGCACCAUCCCCUUCACCCCUUCCCUCACCAUCCCCUUCUCUCUCCAGACCCAUCUACCCAGGAUCUCCUAUUCCCCAAACAUAUGCCAUCACCCCUCCACUGCCCCCGACUCAAACUCGGCCUCGAACCCCCACUCCUCCCUACCGGCACCAACCUCCUCCCCCUUCAUUCCUCACACAAAGGACAAAGAGCAGAAGAAUAGAGAGCAACAACAGCAGCAGCAGCAGCAGCAACGUCCGGUAUCUGCAGGUAGUGAUGGUGGUGGUGACUCGGAUUCUAGUUCUAGUUAUGAGAGUCUCCAGUUUUGGAAGAACCCGACACCGACACCGGGUCCGACGUUGGGUCCAGGCAUGACUGCCCCUGUGCAGAGGAGUUCUUCUAGCGGCAUCUCUAGGGGUGAUCAGCGACCGGGACAGGUGGGACAGUCGGGACAGGUGGUGGGACAUGAAGGAGAGGGACGCUAUGAGUUUCAGGAAGGUGAUGAUGAAGAUGAAGAAGAAAAAGACUCUACAGCGGUGGUUGAAACCGAGAGUGGAACUACAGUGACUGGGAAGGGCAUCACCGUCAGUGUGGUGGUGGAUGAUUACGCGGAUAUCAUUGAUCAGUAUGCUGGUGGGUGGAGGGAAACGAUGUUUUCGGAGAGCUGGAGGAGGAAUAGUAGUAAAUAAGACAGGCCGCCUGACUGCGGGAAGUUAGGUAGUUGUGUGGCGGUGGGAAUGGAUGGUUGUACAAUGUUGUAUUUGAUUGUGUUCAAGCGUUAUACUCGGGCAAGAAGGAGGUGGAGGAAAUAAUAAUAACCGUUGCUGCUGACCGGGGCAAAAUGUUUGUCACCGAUGGACAUCAAGAAUCAGAGACAUUUGGGGGACAUUUGGGGGAUGGAAAUGGCAUAUAUGACAGACAACAGCAAGGGUUUGUGAUGCCACGGAAGCCUUUAAUGGGUAUCCUCUGAUAUCAUGCUCUUUCCCUGUCUCCUUCAAGGUCAUCCAGACUAGAAGAUAGGCCUAUAAGACUAAAACACCCGAUAGAAAGCCGG